CCACCAGCGCCCCUUCUUUGCAGGCCCAGGCCCGCCGGGGCCAAUGGGAAAGCAGUGACCUCACCGAACUUGUAGGUCACAGAGCCUGUGCCUCGACCAAUGAGGGGCCGGUCCGUGGUCGUUAGAACACUGAGCGGGAGCCUCUGUACUGGCUAUCUUGAGCGGUUGAGACCAACUGGCGAAUCGCAACUGACCGCACCUGACCGCACCUGACCGCACUGCAGAGCUAGGCCGGUUGGAGAAAGUGCACCUAACGCCCAGCAUGUCUGGGCAAAGGAGCCGUGAAGGGCCCUCCGAUCACCAGAGGCGGAACCACAGCCGCACAAGCAACAGCAACCGCAACCGCAACCGCAGCCGCAGCCCGUCUACCAGAGCAGACUUGUCCUUUUCUGUGAGCCACCUGGAGCGCCUCCUGCGGGAAGGCCACUAUGCCCAGCGCUUCAGCUCACGCGCACCCGUGUACCUGGCGGCCAUCAUCGAGUACCUGACCACCACCGUCCUGGAGCUGGCGGGCAACGAGGCCCAGAAAAUCGGCCGCAGGCGCAUCACUCCGGAGCUCCUGGACAUGGCGAUCCACAACAACGCACUGCUCAGCGGCUUCUUUGGGAAUACCACCAUAUCCCAAGUGGCCCCGGGCUGGCAGUAGCUGCCCAGCAUGGCAUGGGUUCCCCGGGCCUCGACCCUAGGACGCCAGGCCCCCUCACAGCCCAGGCAGCCUGAGCCUGCCUGGUGCCUUGGGCAAAGUCAUUGAAAAUAAAGUGUUGAAAGAAACCCAUGU